GCGGUAUUCCUGCCUCUCCAGGGAACGCUUUCCGGCGAUGUUUGUCCCACUAGGCAGCCCGUCGCGUCACGUGGCUUCACCUGGGCUGAGGUGAGGGCGGGGCCCUCGACGCCGUUUACCUGGCUGGGCAGAAACUUGUGAAAUGGAUGAAGUAUCUGUUUAGAGUCUCCGUUAAUCUCAAAGAAGGCAGAGUGAAAGGAGUCCAAAGGCUGGCGAGUCAUGCUUGGAAAGAGACAAGGGCAUUGUGAAAGCCUAACCGACUACCACCGGCCUGCUCCAGAUGUUGCUGUCUCCCAGAAGAUCCACUCCCCUAGGGCCAUCAACAUUAGCCUGGAGGCGUUCAAUGGCUCCAGCCCUGACCUCAAGCAGUCUCGCAAAGCCAUGCGGGAUCGGAGGUCGUGCAAAGCUGAUCCCAAAGAUUCCAAUGGCAGAGAGGGAGAAACAGCAACCUUUAUCUCUGGCCCUGCAGAGACCCCUCACACCAUGUGCUGCCCCACUCUGUCCCAGGCCUGGAAUGCUUACAAAGCAGUCUUCUGCUGCAUUGUGACUUGUGGGGGCUGUUUCAGGGACUGCAGAGGCAGCAUCUCAUACCCAUAUAACGAGUCACUGACAGAGGACACCAAGAACCGGGAGUGCAACGGGCAUUUGUCAAACAGUCCAGAGAACAGCUCCCGCCCUGAAAAUGAUGGGAAGAAAACCAAAAAAAUCCCAGUGGGUAGCAGUUUCAGCUACCCAGAUGUGAAACUGAAAGGGAUCCCAGUCUAUCCAAACCGGAGCCCUAGCUCGUACACAGACACGGAUUCCUGUUGCAAGGAACCUCUGUCAGAAAAGAGCCCUUGGGCCAGUGUAGAGAAGCAGAACCCUCCCAGCAGCCAGCGAAACUCCGAGGAACAUUAUUCCUUCCAUGAGUCGGAUCUCGAGUUUGGUGAGCUGAACAGUUCCAUGUCAAGUCGAGACAUUGACGUCCUGAUCUUCAAGAAACUAACUGAGCUCUUCAGCGUCCACCAGAUUGAUGAGCUGGCCAAGUGUACAUCAGACACGGUUUUCCUGGAGAAGACCAACAAGAUCUCAGACCUCAUCAGCAGCAUCACUCAGGACUAUCACUUGGAUGAGCAGGAUGCUGAAUGUAGACUGGUCCGGGGGAUCAUUCGCAUCAGCACACGCAAGAGCAGGGUCCGCCCUCGUGUCUCUGUCCCCGCCCUUCCAUGUCCGGAGGAGAACAGCAACCGGGGCAACCCACCUGACAGUGGCAACGAGACCAUGUUGGCUUCUGUACUCACCAGUGAAGAAGAUUUGUCUGUUCAGAUAUCUAAAGAAACCACAGCAGAUGUGAAAGCCAGGAACAUGAGGUGUGGGGCAUAUAGUCAUGCAGGAUCUCCACUGAGCAGAGGCUCUUCUUACCAAGAGACAGAGACUGAUUCAUCUGGAGCCCCUCUACUGAAAGUAUAUUGCUGAGAAGUCUAAUUAUGGGGUGUGCAGGAGCCAAUGAGGCCGUUGCGCAAGUUCCUGUUUUGUAAACGAUGAGUAUGAUGCCACUUGAUUUUGUCUGUACAGUCUUACAUUUUAACUUGAGAUUUAAAAGACCCUGAAAGAGAGGUGGCAAAGAUGUACUCUAAAAGCGAAACAGCAAAAAAUAGACACUGGUCCACAGCAGGAAUGAGUGGUACCUUUUGGAGAAUGAUGGAUUCUUUUGCAGUCUUUCAAGUUUGAUUCUGCUGUAAACUUGCUUUCGGAUAAUCACUUCGUGCCUUAUUUUCUCUUCCAGUACUCAAAAUAUUAACUGCAAUAUCAUGUAGCAAUGAUUUCCCCCCCAUGUGGCCUUCUAUGGGUUAAUUCCAAAGCCAAAGGACUUGAGAACUCUUGCUUUACAAGAUCUUGUCUUGAAUUGCUUCAACAUGAUGGUGCUUGAUGAUAUUGAAGCCUUGUUCUCACAGCUGCCAUUUCUGUGGAUUCUCAAAGCGCCUUAUCUACUCUUUGGAUAUGCUGCGUCUUGAGAGCAAGGGAUAGCAAGUCAGUCUUCAAGCAAGAUAUAUUCUGGGGCCAUCUUCCAGACGAUUGCAGCUAAUAUAAUCCAAGCCAGUUGGAACCAGCUGCAAAUGAACUUGGCAAGACCUGGCUUUUUGUGGACCAUGAUCUGGUUCUUGUAGAACAUUGCUUCAGUUAACUGCCAGCCAUCAUUCAGAGUUAAAUAUUGCAAUUGCAGUUAGUUCCAUAUUAGUCACUGGGCAGAAUCAGAGUGAUUGGGUUUUGGAUUGCGAUUGACUAUCCUAGGAUGUAGCUUUAACUGCAGCUGCUAGUUCCUCCUUGUUAUCUCUCCCUUCCUCACCAGAGUCUUGGCCAGUAAGAUAAGGAGCUGGUUUAUACCCAAACGAAUCAUAGUUUUCAUUGUAAAUGGCACGUUCCAAAAUGCCUUGGAGAAACUCCCCUGAUAAGGAUUUCUUUUCCUUUUAUGGGAAGGAACAAGGGGUUUUGAAAUAGGUGAGAAGGAAUUUGCUUUAUAUCUAGAAAAACAAAGUGGUUUAAAAUCUAUCCAGUUCUUUUAUCUACUUCUGAAGAACAAUGAGAACUGUAGUUGCAGUGAUCAUCUUAGCUAGCUCAUUAGUUCCCAACAUUAAAAUACCCAGGCUCCUCAGCUGAGAACUAUGUAUACCUGAAGCCAGAUCGUAACUUGUUUUUAAAUUUAUAGUGCAGCUGUGCCAGACAACUCCUGACAGAGGACAUGCCUUUCGUGAAAACUGUGCCUUCAGCUUUGUGCCUCAGAUCAGUUUUGCUUCUGCUUAAAAUAACAGAAGAGACUGAGGUAUAAAAUGAACUGUUCUGCAAUUGGUCUUGGUUUCACCAACCUCCGGAUUUCACCCACCAUCACUGUAUACUUAAAAGUGGUCUGUGGAGCUGAAUCUGUACAUAAAUCUGAUCUUUCCUGGCA